AUGUCUCCGCCGUCCGACCAUGUUCCCCACCAGGCCCGACCGCCGCUCCUCCACCCCAGGCAAUUCUUCACAGCCUUUCGCUCCCUGACGGGCGGGCGUCUGAAGAGCCCCACGCCGCCGCCCUCUGUUUCCUCUGCCACGUCUACGCCUGCGCGCACCCCGUCGCUGAGUACGCUGCGUGCUGGCUCUACCCCGAGCCCGCACUCAGCCGACGCUACCCUCCAGCGCAUCAGCCAGGUCACAGGCCAGCAUCGCAUGGCAAGGCCAGUGACGGGUGGCCCGCCAGAACUAGACGACCUCAGCGUCCAGCUUGAGCGCAGCCGGCCGUUUCCAGAGCGCGCGGCAGCCGUGGAUAAGAUAUGUGUCAUUCUCGACGAAUAUCCCGUGCAGAAUGUGCUGGCGCUGUGGUCAGUAGCGAGCGACCUGCUCCUUCCCGAGCAGCCAGACGAGGUGGCCGAGGUGGGGUACAAGCUCCUCAUAAGUUGUGCGUCACUGUCGAACCUGGCCAGCAUCGAGCGCACCGUCUUCUUCGAUGCUGCGUGUUUGCGCAAGAACGACCGCUUCUUCGACAAGAGACUGCAGGUCGUCACUACCCUCACCAACCAUGGGCGGGACAUUGAGUCGUGCGAGUCGGGCAUGGUAUCCUUUAUACUGACCUCCUUGGACAUGUGCUUCCCCGCGAGUCGAGAUGCCUUGAACAAGGCCAAAGGAAACAGCAAGAGGAGCCUUUCCUCUCUUCCCCCUGAGGUCGCCAACAUGUUUUUCGCCUUCCAAUAUACCAUCGAUAUCUGCAAAUUCAACGCAAAAGUCUUCACAAAUGACGAUUUGGACCUCUUGCUGAGGCGCACAGUUGCCAUUUGCAAGGCGACAAGUUACAGGCCUGAUUUGGAAAGUGGCAUAAAGCUCUUCGACACCAUCAUCACCUAUGUCCAUGUGCCCACAAAGUCCCUUCGCCACUGCCUCGAAGUUUUGUGCGAGAUCCACAUGCGCAUCGCUGAAGUUCGGAGCCAGGCGUGGAAUACUCUGAGCAACCUUUUCAAGUCUCAUGUUGGUCAGGCCGCCCUAUCUGAACUGUUGCAUAUUCUCCUGGAUCCCCCUAGCCGAGAGAUUCGAGAGGACCCAAAGGCUGGGAAAAGGCUUGCCACCAUGUACAUAGGUACGACCAUGGUGCUCCGCCUUCUCCUAAUAGAUGAUGGCCGCAACGAGCUGCCCAAGGUCCCCAUGUCCCUGCUCUUUCCCGCACUCAAGGCGUCCAUCAGGGUGCCCAGUAGUGCACAAGAGAAGACAGUCAUCGAGCUAUUGGACACAAUCUUGUCCCAAGAAAGUCUGAGGGACCUCCUUCUUGCUGAGAGUGACUUGGGAGACAUGCUGGAAAUCAUCCGCCUUUGUGCUGAGCGUGAUGACGACCGUGCCCGCCCCAAGAGGACCAAAUCCACAGACAGUUCCAACACCGUGGAGAAGAAUACUAUUUCAAGGCAGUCGUCCCCUCAUGAAGACAGCUCGACGAACAAUCGUCGUGUUGAACAAGAUGACAUUGCGCCACACGCCGAUUAUCCCCUGUUGUACCAAGAGCCUCAUCGACGUGAUCCGACGAAUGGCAUAUUCCGGAUACUAGUCAAAUUAGACCACCUAAGCGACGCUCUCGAUUUCGUUCAACGAGAGGCUACCAUGGAACUCUUCCUCCAUCUCUCACAUAGCGUGAGCGAUGCAACCGCAGAAAGGGCCAUAGAUUACUUUGCAAAGGAACGCUAUCUCAACCCGUCGAACAGCGAUUGGCUGGACCUUUGCCGUCGUCUAGUUGCUGGUAUAUUCAACGACACUACAAGACCGCGCUCGCUCCGAAUUCGGGUCGUCCAAGUAUUGCGGGAAACGUACGUUGCCGUAGAGUUACUGUGCGCGAGCGAAGUCGUCUUGCAAUGCGAAGAACUUCUUCUCACACCCAUUGAGUCUGAAGACGAUAUUGAAGUCCUACAAGAGCUUUUAGACUUUGCAACGGAUGUUGCUGAUCAAGCAAAAGCCGCUAGGUUUUCAGAUAUCAUUCUCGUCUUGAAACGCCGCCUAGACCGGCAGCAGUCUAUAAACACAUCUGCGUUACCUCCAUGGCAAUCUCCCUCAUUACAUACCAGGGAUGAUGGUCAUUUUCCAUGUAACGUAAUCGCCAUUGCUUUUGUGCGGUUAUUCACUCGAAGCGUUACGCAUUCGGCGCGGAAGACACGCAUUCUGUACGAAGCGUUGCGCGACGUUGCUGGAAGUGACAAGUACCCACAUGAUGCGCGGCUGACUGCCCUCAAGCUAUUGUUCCGUUUGCGCGCCGACGCUCGCCAUGCCCUCAUUGUCAGUUCCUCCUCGGAAGGUCAGAGGAUUGCUGCAGAGCUUUGUCGCACAGUGGAGACAGCAGUUGCACCCGAGAGAAAUGAGGAGAACGUAAUGUUCGAUCAGGUGAGGUUUGAAGAUGCAUCCUCGUGGCGCGAUAAUCGUAAAACCUCUGGUUCCAGCCCUCAUUCUUCUCUUAACCGGCACACAGGUCGCUCCACUGCUUCAUUGGGUCGCGUGUCAAAGCCAAUACCUCCACUAUGGAUGUACCCUGGUCCCAAAGGCCUGCCAGAAGAGCCCUCAUCAGAAUCUAGUCGGGUGGUAUUCUCACAUAUUGAUGCAGCCAAGUACCCCCUUAGUGAUGAUGUUUUGGACAUGGAAAUCACACUUUGGCUCGAGUUGAUCAUCUCUUUGCUCCAGAGACCACCUGAUUGGGAGAUUUACAGUUACGUGCUUGUUCAUCUUGGUCCUCAGCUAUCGAACCAAGCAUUGGUUCGCAGUUGUGUUGUUCAGCUCCGAAUGCUGAGAAACGUUCUAUGUGAACAAGUGCGGAAUGCGAGCUUCCACGAACCUCCGCCGCACACGCUUCUGAAGAAGGCAGAUGUUGCCGUCUGCCUAUUCCAUACCUUGACUGUCAUCAUCAGUUACCACGAGUAUUUUGAGAAGAGCGAGGAAGACGACCUCGUCAAAGCAUUCCUACAAGGUAUUGUGCAAUGGGAUCGAACGUCAAAGUGGUGCAUUCAUGCGCUAUCCGUUUGUUGUUUUGAAAUCCCACUCUCGGUCAGCAAGUCGCUUGAUACCAUUGUCCAGAAGAUGUCGCAGAUCAUCACGAAGCCAGCCACAGCGAUACACAUCUUGGAAUUCCUGACCUCCAUGGCACGCCUUCCAGAACUCUUCAAAAACUUCCGCGAAGAUGAAUUUAAGCUGGUAUUUGGAGUGUGUUUCAGAUAUCUGCAACACAUACGUGACCAGCAGGACCGAUCCGCACACGGAAACAUGCUACAGAACGGUCAUCGAACCCUGCGACACAGUGGUCCAUCUAGGGACUUUACAGCAUCUUCAGACCCAAGAGCAGCAAAAAUAGCAAGUGUCGAAGAUGAUCAGUCUGAGUAUCUGAAUUCUUUGGCCUACCACGUGAUCACCUUCUGGUUUAUGGCCCUGAAGAUGGAAGACCGCCCAAAGCAGAUACCAUGGAUCACUAGAAACCUGUAUCAUACCGACAGUUCUGGGAAACAAGUCAUGGAAGAACAGGGACAGGUCAUUCUGGACAUUAUGAACAUGGUCGCGUAUACAGAUCGUGAUGAGACAACACGCGACGAGGUCUUUGCUAAGCCCGGUGAUGGCGAAGUUUGGAAAAAGACUUGGAUCGUAGGCAACGCGCUCGUGACAAUAGAGACGGCUGCAAGAACUGGCGCAUCCCUUAUAACCACUCGUCGACCAUGUGGCACCCGCUUUAUUAAAGUACGACCCUUGCUUACGUCUCCACCGCGACACCAGAUGCCCAUCACCAUUGGCCUCGCUUCGGAAGCGUUUUAUUCCGAUACAUACGUUGGCAUUCUACCAGACGACAUCUUCCAGUCUUUCUAUGCACCUCUUGGUCUGAGCAAUCCACCUAUACCCCUGCCUGAAGAUGAGCCGACACGCCGUGCGAUUGCUACAUUCGACCGGAUUGCAACAGUCGACAACUACAAAGUAGGCGUCAUAUACAUUGGCGAAGGUCAGACCAAUGAAAGGGAGAUUUUCAUGAAUGAUAUGGGAUCUCCAGCAUAUACUUCGUUUAUCAGCGACCUUGGCACACUUUGCCGACUCAAGGGCGCCAAGUUCAACACUGGCGGCCUAGAUACGCGCGAAGACAUGGACGGCGAGUUCACAUAUUGUUGGCGCGAUCGCUGCAUGGAGCUCGUUUUCCACAUUCCUACUAUGAUGCCAACGAACCGCGAAGACGACAUGACGUAUGCCAACAAAAAGCGCCAUAUCGGCAACGACUUUGUUAACAUCAUAUUCAAUGACUCUGGUCUACCUUACAAUUUCGACACGUUUCCUUCACAAUUCAACUAUGUACAUAUUGUCAUCACACCUGAGUCACGGGCCAGUUUUGUCGAUCGUCGGCUAGACACAGAUCCAACUGGUAGGAAUCGCUACUACAAAGUCCAGGCCAUCUCCAAGCCUGGAUUUCCAGACAUAUCGCCAGCAGUCGAAACCAAGAUCAUCUGCGGAAAGUACCUUGCCGACUACUGCCGUCUUAUCGCCAUCAACGCAGUCGUCUUUUCCAGCGUAUGGUUCAUCCGCGCCGGAGGCGAAUCCUCCUCCUCAUGGCGCAACCGUCUCCGAGAGAUCAAGCGUCUCCGAGAACGCUACGGCGCAAAUGACGCUCAGCCAAGCCAUCCACCCCCAGCAUCACCAGCUGGGAGCCAAGGCCUGUCCAGUCCGCCCUCUCGGGAACAAAAUCUCGUCUCGCCCUUCCAACGCAUGAGUAUUGCUACCCACAUCACUGACGGCACGAGUCGGAGCUCCAUUAGCAGCUCUUCACACGACGUAUGA